GAACCACCACUGAAGAGAGCUAGCUAGCUACUACUCCAUAGUUAGCCUGACUAGGGUGAGUGAUCGAGCUUGCUUGCAUCCGCCAUGGCGUCAUCUGUGGAGAAGUGGGUGGGGUUAGGGUCGGCCAUGGCCGGCUUGGGCUUGCUUUGGUCCAGGAUGCCGGAGCACGUCCACGAGGAGGCUAGGCACAUCAUCAGCAGCCUGACGCCCAUGGUGUCCGCCUACUUCAACCCCUACGAGCAGAUCACCGUCUCCGAGUACAGCGAGGAGCCGCAGUUCCGGCGGAACAAGCUGUUCGACGCCAUCUCCGCCUACCUGAGCUGCGAGUGCGUGGGCGACGCCCGCAAGCUCAGGGCCGAGCUCGGCAACGACAGCAACGGCCCGCUCGUCGGCCUGGACGAGAACCAGGAGGUGGUCCACAGCUUCCGCGGCGCCCGGAUGUGGUGGAGGCUCUGCAGCAAGGCCUCCAAGAACAGGGGCCCCACCAUCAUCAGCAUCUUGCCCGGGGACGCCGACGAGCCGCGCUGCUACAAGCUGGUGUUCCACAAGCGCCACCGCAAGCUCGUCGUCGAGGACUACCUGCCCGGCAUCGUCGAGCGGUGGCGCGAGCUGACGGCCAGGAACCGGCAGCGGCGGCUGUUCACCAACCACUCCGUCUGCGGGAAGGGCGUGUGGAGCAGCGUCCCGUACAAUCCCCCGGCGACGUUCGGCAUGCUCGCCAUGGACCCCGGCAAGAAGCGUGAGAUCAUGGACGAUCUCACGGCGUUCCGGGAGGGGAAGGAGUACCACUCCAAGGUCGGCAAGGCGUGGAAGCGGGGCUACCUUCUGCAUGGCCCGCCUGGCACAGGCAAGUCCACCAUGAUCGCGGCCAUGGCCAACUUCCUCGACUACGACGUCUUCGACCUCGACCUGACGUCCAUCAAGAACAACGCCGAGCUGCGGAAGCUCUUCCUCGACACCACGGACAAGUCCAUCAUCGUCAUCGAGGACAUCGACGCGAUCGAGGUCGACCUCGCCACCAAGCGCAAGGGCAAGAAGGCGGCCAACGGCGACCAGAACGACGGCCACCACCAGCUGCCGAUAGAUCUGUCCGACAACAGCGGCGACGACAAGAGCAAAGUGACGCUGUCGGGGCUGCUCAGCUUCGUCGACGGGCUGUGGUCGGCGUGCGGCGGCGAGCGGAUCUUCGUGUUCACGACGAACCACGUUGGCCGGCUCGACCCGGCGCUGAUCCGGCGGGGGAGGAUGGACAAGCACAUCGAGAUGUCCUACUGCCACUUCGAGGCCUUCAAGGUGCUCGCCAGCAACUACCUCGGCGUCGCCGACCACCCUUUGUUCGUCGAGAUCGGACGGCUGCUCGAUGCUACGCAAAUGACGCCGGCGGACGUGGCCCAUAACCUCAUGCCCCGGGGCAAGAGGAAGAGGAACGCGGACGAAUGCUUGGCAGCUUUAGUCGAGAAAAUGAAGAAGGCCAAGAUGGAAUCUGCGUCGCCUCCUGUGGAUCCAGUGGACGAGGCCAACGAGGAACGAUUUCACUCAGAUUAAAGCUAGCUAGACAUGGAGCUAGGCCUCUUUGUGGUGGGAAAUAGGGCAAGCUACUUUUUUGUGUUUCGCUAUUGUACGUCAUUUUCGUGUUUGUUAGGGCACUCACAAUACAUGGUUUCUAUAGGCAGUUUCUAUAGGUAUUAAUAGUAAGAUAGACACUAACCAUUCCAAUGCACGGUUUCUUGUACUAGUUUCUACAGAGACUAAAAUUUAAUGAGCAUAUGCAUACAUACAAAGAAGGAUCAUGUGUGGCAAGGUAAUGUGUGCCAUAGUAUGUAUGCAUUAUAAUUCAUUGUACAUAAAAGGGAUACACCAGUGCAUCCAAAUAUAGAUUAAA